GAGAGGAUGCAGGUGGCGGAGACACAACCGGCUCGCAUCUCUACUAGACAGCCAAUCAGUGCGCAAGAGCUGUUCUGACCCCGCCCCCUGGGCCAGUCCUGCCAGAGUUGCUUUGUGUGAAGCAUGCAGGAGGCUGCUGUCCUCCUCCCUUUUGCUUUAAUGGCUGUCAAGAGACGCCGAAUAGAGGGAGAGCAGCUAGAAAGGGGCUCCGUUUGAUUCAGAAAUCAGCGGAAAAGAAAACACUGCACACACCAUGAUGCCAGGACAUGCUAGAAACCCACACAGUGUUCAGGUCAGGAAUACUCAUGAGCUUUACUAUCUGAGGACCCAGCAAGCACAGGAGAAGAUGGAGCGAUCGGAGAAGAGGUUGAAGCAACGAUUACGCGUGUGCGUGGCCACCUGUAACAGAGCGGACUACUCUAAACUCGCACCCAUCAUGUUCGGCAUCAAGUCUCAGCCUGAAAUUUUUGACCUGGAGGUGGUGGUGCUGGGGUCACAUCUCAUUGACGAUUACGGAAACACGUUCCGUAUGAUUGAGCAGGAUGAGUUUGAUAUUCGCUCUAAGUUGCACACCAUUGUUCGUGGUGAGGAUGAAGCUGCUAUGGUGGAGUCUGUGGGUCUCGCGCUUGUGAAGCUUCCCGACGUCCUCCAGCGUCUCGCUCCUGACAUUCUGCUCGUUCAUGGCGACCGUUUCGACGCGCUGGCCUUGGCGACAGCAGCGGCUCUAAUGAACAUUCGCAUUUUGCACCUGGAAGGUGGAGAAGUGAGCGGAACCAUUGAUGAUUCCAUUCGUCACUCCAUCUCCAAACUGGCACACUACCAUGCCGUCUGCACGCGCUCGGCCGAGAGACACCUCAUCUCUAUGUGCGAAGACCAUUCUCACAUUUUAUUGGCUGGCUGCCCGUCUUACGACAAGCUGCUUUCCGCCCACCAACGAGAUGAUUAUACUGAUAUCAUCAAGACUUGGAUUGGGGAUGAUGUGAAAGAACAGAACUAUAUUGUAGCUCUGCAGCAUCCUGUUACCACAGACAUCCAGAAUUCCAUUAAGAUCUAUGAGUUAAUGCUGGACGCUCUCAUCUCCUUCAACAAGAGAACUCUCAUUCUCUUCCCGAAUAUUGAUGCAGGCAGUAAGGAGAUGGUUCGUGUGAUGAGGCGGAAGGGAAUUGAGCAGCAUCCGAACUUCUGUGCGGUGAAGCAUGUUCCGUUCGAUCAGUUCAUCCAGCUGGUGGCACAUGCCGGCUGCAUGAUCGGGAACAGCAGUUGUGGAGUUCGUGAGGCUGGAGCGUUCGGAACACCUGUCAUUAACCUGGGGACUCGCCAGACGGGUCGAGAAACAGGAGAAAAUGUUCUACAUGUGCGAGAUGCAGACACACAUAAUAAAAUAUACCAUGCCCUGGAGCUGCAGUUUGGAAAACGCUACCCCUGCUCCAAGAUCUACGGUGACGGAAAUGCGGUCCAACGCAUCUUGAAGUUCAUGCAGUUCAUUAACCUUUCUGAGCCACUACAGAAAAAGUUCUGUUUCCCAGCAGUGAAGGAGUGCAUCUCUCAAGAUAUCGACCACAUUCUGGAGACACAGAGUGCACUUGCUGUUGACCUGGGAGGAACCAACCUGCGUGUCGCCAUUGUCUGUAUGAAGGGUAAAGUAGUUAAUAAAUAUACCCAGUUGAAUCCAAAGACGUUUGAGGAGAGGAUAGAACUGAUACUGACCAUGUGCAAACAGGCCAUGGCUGACGCCAUUCACCUCAACUGCAGAAUCCUGGGUGUCGGUGUGAGCACAGGGGGGCGUGUAAACCCACAAGAUGGGAUAGUCCUCCACUCCACCAAGCUAAUAAAUGAGUGGAGUUCGGUGGACAUCCGUACACCCAUUUCUAGCGCCCUUCAUCUUCCUGUGUGGGUCGAUAAUGAUGGCAACUGCGCCGCCCUUGCUGAGAGGAAGUUUGGCCACGGGAAAGGCGUAGAGAACUUUGUCACCAUUAUCACUGGAACCGGAAUUGGAGGUGGUAUAAUCCAGCAUAAUGAACUGAUCCAUGGCAGCACAUUUUGUGCGGCAGAAUUGGGACACAUUGUGGUCUCAUUGGAAGGACCAGAGUGCAUGUGUGGCAGCCACGGCUGCAUAGAGGCCUACUCGUCAGGAAGUGUUCCCUCGAAAGAGGCCAAGCUGGGCCCCGAGGCACGAACAACUCCAGUUCCCAUUAAUGCCAGUGCUAAUGUCAGCGAAGCCCCUAAGGUAGUGAACCGCCAGCAAAGAGUUGUGCAUAACAAAUGUUACCAAGUUAAAGUAAAACAUUGUAAUUACGUGUUUCUUUCAUGUUUGAUGACAGAGGACUUGCUGUUGGUUGAAGGAAUGACUGUGAAUAACAAAGAACAGGUGAACGCUAUUCAUCUCAUCAACGCUGCUCGCCUUGGCAACUCCAAAGCUGAGAGCAUACUCCACACAGCGGGAACUGCCCUGGGUUUGGGGAUUGUGAACAUCCUGCACAUGAUCAACCCGUCUCUGGUCAUCCUGUCUGGUGUCCUGUCAGAGCACUAUGAGAAUCCAGUUCGUCAGGUGAUCAGUCAGCGAGCUCUCCUCUCGGCGCAGGGGACCAAAGUCAUGGUGUCUGAGCUGGAGGAUCCUGCGCUGCUGGGUGCCGCCAGCAUGGUACUGGACUACACCACCCGCCGCACUUACUGAAAGAGCUCGAAAACCAGGAACCAGUCAUUUACAGACUCAAAGACCAAGGGCCAAUCAUGUGCUAUGUCCUUGUUAGGAUCAUAGUGGCUUUUAAGCUUGACCUUAAAAACUUUUAUUUGUCUAGUUUUUACUUUAGUCACAUAUAGGUGCUAUAUUAUUUGGGAUCAAUUGCCUAUUGUAAGGUGUGUAAUUUUGAGGAAUGGUUUAAGUAUAUGAAGGAUGGUUUUAUUUAAUAUUUGUACACUGAAACUAAGGGGUAUUUGUUGCAGAGAGGCCGCUAUAAAAAACUGCUGUGGUUUAAUCACCAGUUCUGUCUGUUUUGCUUUCUGUUUGGAUUUUUCAUGGAGACAGUCACAUUGUCCUUUGCACCUUACGCUGAUCUGUUGCCAAGCCUUUAUUGUGUUUUCAGCACCGUAUGCUUAGGUUUAUCGAUUCACCCAGCCUGUAUGAAUGAAUCAAUAAACUGGACAAAUGUUUGUCCAGUAUGUCUACUCUAAUUUAAUAUUUAAUGUCACAGAUAUGUACAUUAAAAAUGAUUAAACACAAAAUGUACUUUUAUU